GACAGGGACCAAGGAGGACACGGUACCCCCUGGUAGGGCCAUUGCACUUCGCAGACAGAUUUAGGUAGAAGCACCACUAGGACGGGCAGCUCAGAUAAGUGUUCCGAAACCAGUUGAACCGGUCUAGCGGUCUCCAGUCUCCCCAUCAGUUCCUGCUAGUGCUGAGAGUGAAAAGUGACCAUUUUAAAACAAAAAGAUCACCGACGAACUCCGGCAAAAUGAAACGCUUCAACUUCACUGGUAUGAUGGCGCCCACUUUUGCUCCUUUUAAAAGUGACGGCUCCCUGAAUCUUGACUGCAUUCCAACCUACGCCAGGUACCUUAAGAAACAUGGAAUCACGGCAAUCUGGCUGAAUGGAACGGCCGGGGAAGGGAUGUCGAUGACCGUGAGCGAAAGGAAGCAGAUCGCUGAGGCCUGGAUGAAGUGUCGAGAUGAGAUCUCCACAGUCGUCGUGCAGUGCGAGGCCGGGAGUUUCAAGAACACCUGCGAGCUGGUCAAACACGCGGUAAGCAUUGGCGUGGAAGGCGUGGCCCUUCUUCCCAAUUUGUUUGACAAACCAAAGACCCCUGACGAACUUGUUGACUUCAUGGAAGAGGUUUCUAAAGUAUGCCCAAAUACUCCGCUGUUUUACUACCACAUUCCGAUGAAAACAUGCGUCUCCAUAUCCAUGAGUGAAUUUCUCGAGAAGGGGACCAAGAGAAUUCCGAAUCUAGCUGGCCUCAAAUUCACCGACAUGGACGUUGCCGGAGAGGGCAAGAAAUGUCUGCAGGUGGCUGGAGGAACACUCACCAUCUUCAAUGGGUUUGAUGAGAAGUUGCAAGAGGCAGUCAGCCUUGGCUUCAACAGCGCCGUCGGAGGAACUUUCAGUGGGUUCCCCACAAUGGCGUCUCAGAUCUUCUCCUUAAUGAGAGAAUCGAAAGUAUCUGAGGCCAAGAGGGUCCAGGAAGAACUUCUCACUCAAAUUGGUGCUGUUUUCAAGCAGAGUAGCGGUGGAUUUACAGUAGCGUCCCUGAAAACAGCCACGUCUCUCCUGACGGGGAUUGACAUGGGCCCGACGCGAUUCCCGGUCAAGCCCUAUACGCCCGCGAUGGUUGAUAGGCUCAGGGAAGACUUGAGAGCUGUGGGCCUAUCAGUCCACUAAAAUUCCAAGCGACGAAGACGCUAGAAUAUCCAGUCGACAUCAAAACCUAAUAAUUUUCAAAGGAGUCUGUUAACAAACACAGUUGUUGGGACUUCCAAUGACCAUUCAAAUUAAAGCAAUACAGCUAUAAUUUCAUUAAUUUUGAAAGUAACUGAUAAAGAGGCAUUCUCUUUACUAAACACUCGCUUUGUAACAAGUCAAUAAAUGUGAAAAUCCGUAGAAAAA